GGUGAAGGGAUUUCCGUCAACAACACAAAUACAUUGAUCAAAACACCAAUGACGAUCAUAAACUGGCUAUUCGUGACCUAUUGAGCUUGCUGGAAACUUUAAAGUAACAAUUUUCAGCAUUCACACCUGUUCUACAAGUUUCACACCAUGAACUCUCAGCACCGCAGGGGCUUCAGCGUCCAGCAGUCGGACCUCAUGUGUAAGAGCGGGUGCGGUUACUAUGGUAACGCCGUCUGGCAGGGCCACUGCUCCAAAUGCUGGCGCGAGCAGAACCAGUGUACGAGAGCCAAGCAGAUCGAGGAGGACCGGGCGCUGGCCGAGAGGUUACAGAGAGAGGAGGAAGCAGCAGCGUACGCCAGCAGACAGGAGGGGGCGCCAGCACAGCCCGCGUCCUCUAGGACACACACCGUUCCCAUGGUGAAGAGUCUCUUCACACCCGCUCCCAAAACACCCGCGCGGAGAGACGCAGGAGCCUCACAGACGCCCGCGAGCCACAGCUCGUCCCUCGGCCGAGAGUCAGACCACGUCACGCAGACCUUCAUCGACUUCCUCAAGCCCUUCCAGAGACCGGGAUAUGACAUCUUCAGGCAGUGCCAUACCUUCACGGAGAAUAUCGCACGCAAGAAGGCUGUUGUCUGUGACGAUCUCUCAGAAUCUGUGCAGGAUUUCUAUCAAAACAUGUCUGAAUACCUACAGACCAACUUUAAAGGCUCUCCAGAAGUGAUUGAGACUGUGAUGGAGGAGGUGGAGCGCUAUGUGAUGGGCCGCCUGUAUGAGCAGCUCUUCUGCCCCGAGCACUCGGACGACGAGAAGAAGGACCUGGUCAUCCGCAAGAGAAUCAGGGCUUUGCACUGGGUGUCCAUUGCGAUGCUGUGUGUCCCAUUGGACGAGCAGAUCCCUAAAGUAUCGGACAGUGUGGAGAGAGCCAUAACAGACCUGAUCGACUUGGACUCGAGGAAGGUUCCCAAGGAGAAGCUGGCGUGCGUCACCCGGUGUAGUAAACGCAUCCUGACCGCCGUCCAGGGCAGUGUGAAAGCUGCCGCCUCCGCGGACGACUUCCUGCCCGCGCUCGUCUACAUCGUGCUGAAGGCCAACCCGCCCCGACUGCACUCCAACAUCCAGUACAUCACCCGCUACUGCAACCCCAGCCGCAUCAUGAGCGGCGAGGACGGCUACUACUUCACUAACCUGUGCUGUGCCGUGGCGUUCAUCGAGAAGCUGGACGCGCAGUCGCUGAACCUGAGCCAGGAGGACUUUGAGCUCUACAUGUCUGGUUCUGCGUCUCCAGCGGGUCCCAGGGCCUCCUCGUCUGGACACAGCUCACAGAACGGCUCCGCGAGCGGCACGGCAGGGGAACGCAGGCCGGAGGAGGCCGAUCUCAUCGAGUGGAGCGAGGGCCAGGAACUCUCUGUAAUGGGCAUUUUGGACGCGGCUCCUGUCCGGACACACGCCUCGGCCCCCUCCACCAUCGACUCGGACAACAUCGGCGGCGAUAGCCUGCCUCCUCCGCUGCAGCCGCAGAGGUUCGCCAGCUAGCUGACGCUCACGGGCCGCUCUCUCCCCCACGGUGAGUGUCUGGAUCCACUUCUGAAGGGGGUCGGCUGGCGUGUGCAGAAUUUUAAGUAUAGUUUUAUGACCUUUGCGAUUUUCUUGCGUCAUUGUGUGAGAAAAAUAUUAGGCGACAUUAUAAAGUAUUUAUACAUCAGGGUGGUUUUUGAUUUGUGUAAAUAUAAAUAUCACUACUGAGAAUGAGACUGUUUUAUGUUGUUUAGAAAAUUAUGUUACAAUGCCAAAAAAUCUUAACAGUCCCAAACACAAGUUUAAUUUCUUUAUUAUUUAUAUUUCUUCUUGUUUUGUUCAUUCUGGGAAUGUUUUGAUUGGAGGUUCACUCUGAUUUAUUUAUUUAGAUUUAUGAUCACUUGUUGUUAUUGAGUGUGAAUUUAGACAGAUGAUUCAUAAAUGACCACCGUUUUUUUGCACUGUUUUUAAUGCUUUAUUGCCAGCCACUGAAGUAUGAGAAUACAUAACUUAUUAGAGUAGUAUAUGAUUUAUUUCCGUUUUUUAUUUCAAGUUUUCUGGCCUUUAUUAUUGGCGUUAUUGGUCACUUAAACUGAGAGUGGAAAACAAGGACAGAACUGGUGUGGUUCAGGAUUAUACAUCUGCCCUGUCACUCAAACAUGCUGUGAUGUGAUAUUACUAUGAUCAUGGUUAUGCUAGGAUUGGUCACUGUGAUCAUGUGAUGUUACUAUGAUCAUGGUUAUGCUAGGAUUGAUUGAACAGUACUUCGCUACAGGCAAAGCUUGAGUCCCAGGUGUAAUUUAAUAGGCAGCGGCUUUAAUUAAUAUAACAAAUUAAUCUAAACAUGGUAAAAAAUAUAUAUAUAUAAUCAAAUAUUUAUUUUCUGCAUAUUUAACUUUUAAGAAAUGCUGUUACAGAAUAAAAACAAAAAACAAAACAAGUUUUAUGAUUUAGAGAGUUAAACAAUUACUUAUUUUAAAGCUACCUUUUGACCACUUGUUCUAUGAAAAAUAUUGCUUAUGCAUGCAAAAGUUAAACAUGUAAUGACCCAUUGUGGAGAGAUUAUAACCUCAUUUAUUUAUCUAAAUGAUCUUGGUAUGGAGCCCAAAAUAUGCUAUUUAAAAAUCACAAAUAAAAUGAGCUACUGAAG